GCAGCGGCAGCGGCGGCGCUGGGCAGAGCGGCUCGCUGGCCGCCGCUGCGCUCAUUGUUCGGAGAGGGACAAGCUACGCUGUGAGCAUGUGGAUCCCUACAGAGCACGAGAAAUACGGCGUGGUGAUAGCCAGUUUUCGAGGAACAGUCCCACAUGGCUUAUCAUUGGAGAUUGGAGACACAGUUCAAAUACUAGAAAAAUGUGAUGGCUGGUACAGAGGAUUUGCGGUAAAAAACCCAAAUAUCAAGGGUAUAUUUCCAUCCAACUAUAUCCACCUGAAAAAUGCAUGUGUUAAGAACAAAGGGCAGUUUGAAAUGGUUAUUCCAACAGAAGACUCCGUUAUCACAGAGAUGACAUCAACUUUAAGAGACUGGGGGACCAUGUGGAAACAACUUUAUGUGAGAAAUGAAGGGGAUCUUUUUCAUCGACUAUGGCACAUAAUGAAUGAAAUCCUGGACCUGAGAAGGCAGGUGCUUGUUGGCCAUCUCACCCAUGACCGGAUGAAGGAUGUAAAACGGCAUAUCACUGCUCGCCUAGAUUGGGGCAAUGAGCAAUUGGGGCUAGACUUGGUUCCAAGAAAAGAAUAUGCUAUGGUGGAUCCUGACGAGAUCAGUAUUACAGAACUCUAUAGGCUGAUGGAGCAUCGUCAUCGAAAGAAAGACACUCCUAUCCCAGCAAGCAGCCACCAUCUUUUUGUGCAGAUGAAGAGUCUGAUGUGCUCCAAUCUGGGAGAGGAACUGGAAGUUAUCUUCUCACUGUUUGAUAGUAAAGAGAAUCGACCAAUCAGCGAGAGGUUUUUUUUAAGACUGAAUAGGAAUGGUUUGCCAAAAUGUCCAGAGAAGCCAGAAAGACAUUGUUCUCUCUUUGUGGAUUUGAGUAGCAGUGAACUCAGGAAGGACAUCUACAUCACUGUGCACAUUAUCCGCAUAGGCCGAAUGGGAGCUGGAGAAAAGAAAAAUGCUUGCAACAUACAGUACCGACGGCCCUUUGGCUGUGCAGUCCUCAGCAUUGCAGAUCUACUGGCAGGAGACUCAAAGGAUGACCUUAUCUUAAAAGUAUACAUGUGCAACACAGAGAGUGAUUGGUAUCAGAUCCAUGAAAACAUCAUCAAAAAGCUAAAUGUUCGUUACAACUUGACAGGCUCCAAUGCUGGUCUGGCAGUUUCUCUUCAACUGUUUCAUGGAGACAUUGAACAAAUUAGGAGAGAUUACACAUCUAUGUUUACUCAUGGGGUAUCGAUAACAAGGAAGCUGGGUUUUUCCAAUAUUAUCAUGCCUGGCGAAAUGAGGAAUGAUUUAUACAUCACUAUAGAAAGAGGAGAAUUUGAAAAAGGAGGAAAAAGUGUGGCCAGAAACGUGGAAGUGAUGAUGCACAUUGUGGACAGUGGUGGCCAAAUUUUAAAGGAUUUUAUCUCCUUUGGCUCUGGAGAACCGCCAGCUAGCAAGUUCCAUUCCUUUGUGCUUUAUCACAACAACAGUCCCAGAUGGGCUGAGCUUCUGAAACUUCCUAUUCCUGUGGAUAAGUUCAGGGGAGCACACAUCCGCUUCGAAUUUCGGCAUUGUUCUACAAAAGAAAAGGGUGAGAAGAAGUUGUUUGGCUUUUCUUUCGUGCCCCUGAUGCAGGAAAAUGGGAGGACAUUGCCAGAUGGCACUCAUGAACUCAUUGUGCACAAGUGUGAAGAAAACACAAACCUUCAGGAUUCUAGUCGCUACCUCAAACUCCCCUUUUCAAAGGGAAUUCUCCUAGGGAAUAACCACCAAGCAAUAAAAGCUACUAAAGAGUCUUUCUGGAUUACGUCUUUUCUCUGCUCCACUAAACUCACGCAAAAUGGGGAUAUGCUUGACCUUCUUAAGUGGAGAGCCCACCCAGACAAAAUUGCAGGCUGCCUCACAAAACUAAAAGAAAUCGAUGGUUCAGAAAUAGUAAAGUUUCUUCAAGACACACUGGAUACUUUAUUUGGCAUUUUAGAUGAAAAUUCCCAAAAAUAUGGGUCAAAAGUAUUUGAUUCUUUGGUUCACAUAAUAAAUUUGCUGCAGGACAGCAAGUUUCAUCAUUUUAAGCCAGUAAUGGACACUUACAUUGAAAGUCAUUUUGCAGGUGCACUUGCAUACAGAGAUCUCAUAAAAGUACUUAAGUGGCAUGUUGAUCGAGUAACAGACAUGGAGAUACAAGAGCAUAUCCAUGAAGUGUUAAAGGCACAAGAAUAUAUCUUUAAAUAUAUAGUUCAGUCUCGGAGGCUCUUCUCGCUUGCCACUGGUGGACAAAAUGAGGAGGAAUUCCGCUGCUGUAUUCAAGAGCUGCUUAUGUCAAUACGAUUUUUCCUUUCCCAAGAGAGUAAAGGAGCUAGCGCUUUAUCUCAAUCACAAGCUGUGUUUCUCUGCUCCUUCCCAGCUGUAUACUCUGAGCUGCUGAAGCUCUUUGAUGUGCGAGAGGUGGCAAACUUGGUGCAUGAUACUCUAGGCAGCUUGCCAACCAUCAUGCAUGUGGAUGAAUCCCUUCAAGCUGUUAAACUGCAGUGCAUUGGUAAAACAGUGGAAAGUCAACUAUACACUAAUCCAGAUUCCAGAUAUAUUCUUCUUCCAGUAGUUUUACAUCACCUCCACAUGCAUUUACAAGAGCAGAAGGAUCUUACAAUGUGUGCACGUAUCCUUAGCAACAUAUUUUGUUUCAUAAAGAAAAAUAGCUCAGAAAAAUCCAUCUUGGAAGAAAUAGAUGUGAUUGUGAACAGCCUGCUAGAUAUACUGCUGAGAACCAUAUUAGAGAUCACAAGCAGACCUCAGCCGUCAGGGUCUGCAAUGCACCUGCAGUUUCAAGAUGUGACUGGGGAAUUUGUUUCCUGUCUCUUGUCACUAUUACGACAAAUGACAGACAGACAUUACCAGCAACUUCUUGAUAGAUUCAACACAAAGGAUGAGCUGAGAGAUUUCCUGCUGCAAAUUUUUACUGUGUUUCGAAUACUCAUACGACCUGAGAUGUUUCCAAAAGACUGGACUGUGAUGCGUUUGGUUGCUAACAAUGUUAUUAUUACAACAGUCCUGUAUCUUUCGGAUGCCCUUCGUAAGAACUUCCUAAAUGAAAACUUUGAUUAUAAGAUCUGGGAUUCCUACUUUUACCUUGCUGUCAUUUUUAUAAACCAAUUAUGUCUGCAACUGGAGAUGUUCACACCUUCCAAGAAGAAAAAGGUGUUGGAAAAAUAUGGUGACAUGCGGGUAACAAUGGGGUGUGAAAUCUUCAGCAUGUGGCAAAAUUUAGGGGAACAUAAACUUCACUUCAUCCCAGCUCUCAUUGGCCCCUUCCUAGAAGUGACACUGAUACCUCAGCCUGACCUGCGGAAUGUAAUGAUCCCCAUUUUCCAUGACAUGAUGGAUUGGGAACAAAGGCGCAGUGGCAACUUCAAACAGGUGGAGGCGAAACUGAUUGACAAAUUGGAUAGCUUGAUGUCAGAAGGCAAAGGUGACGAAACGUACCGAGAGCUCUUCAACAGCAUAAUUCCACUGUUUGGUCCCUAUCCUAGCCUCCUGAAGAAAAUUGAGCGGGAAACGUGGAGAGAAAGUGGUGUUUCAUUAAUUGCCACUGUGACUCGACUAAUGGAAAGGUUACUGGACUACAGGGACUGCAUGAAAAUAGGAGAAGUGGAUGGUAAAAAGAUUGGCUGCACUGUUAGCCUGUUGAACUUUUAUAAGACCGAACUGAAUAAGGAGGAGAUGUAUAUUCGCUAUAUCCAUAAGCUAUACGACCUGCAUCUGAAGGCACAAAACUUCACAGAGGCUGCCUACACACUGCUGCUAUACGAUGAGCUAUUAGAAUGGUCUGACCGACCAUUGAGAGAAUUUCUAAACUAUCCCAUGCAAACAGAGUGGCAGCGCAAAGAGUAUCUUCACCUUACAAUCAUCCAGAACUUUGACCGGGGAAAGUGUUGGGAGAAUGGCAUCAUCUUAUGCAGGAAGAUUGCAGAGCAGUACGAGAGCUAUUAUGACUACAGAAAUCUCAGCAAGAUGAGGAUGAUGGAAGCUUCUUUGUAUGAUAAAAUCAUGGAUCAACAACGUUUGGAGCCAGAGUUUUUCAGAGUUGGAUUUUAUGGGAAAAAGUUUCCAUUUUUCUUGAGAAACAAGGAGUUUGUUUGCCGAGGACAUGACUAUGAGAGAUUGGAGGCUUUCCAACAGCGAAUGUUGAAUGAGUUCCCACAUGCCAUUGCGAUGCAACAUGCCAAUCAGCCAGAUGAGACGAUCUUUCAGGCAGAAGCACAGUAUCUGCAGAUCUAUGCAGUGACACCAAUUCCUGAAAGCCAGGAGGUCCUGCAGAGAGAGGGUAUCCCAGAUAACAUCAAGAGUUUUUAUAAAGUGAAUCACAUCUGGAGAUUCCGAUAUGACAGGCCAUUCCACAAAGGGACCAAAGACAAGGAGAAUGAAUUCAAGAGUCUAUGGGUGGAAAGAACAACAUUGAUCUUAGUGCAGAGUUUGCCUGGGAUUUCCCGCUGGUUCGAAGUGGAAAAACGUGAAGUAGUGGAAAUGAGUCCCCUUGAGAAUGCUAUUGAAGUGCUAGAAAAUAAGAACCAGCAGCUGAGAACUCUGAUUAGUCAGUGUCAGACCCGACAGAUGCAGAAUAUAAACCCACUCACAAUGUGUCUAAAUGGGGUCAUAGAUGCAGCAGUUAAUGGUGGAGUUGCUAGGUACCAAGAGGCAUUCUUUGUGAAGGAAUAUAUCCUGAACCACCCAGAGGAUGGGGAGAAGAUCACACGCUUGAGAGAGCUGAUGCUUGAGCAGGCCCAGAUUCUAGAAUUUGGAUUAGCUGUACAUGAGAAGUUUGUGCCUCAGGAUAUGAGACCUUUACACAAAAAGCUAGUAGAUCAGUUCUUUGUGAUGAAGUCAAGUUUGGGAAUACAGGAAUUCUCUGCAUGUGUGCAAGCUAGUCCUGUUCACUUCCCAAAUGGAAGCCCUCGUGUAUGUAGAAAUUCAGUGCCUGCUUCUAUGAGCCCAGAUGGUGCCAGGGUAAUUCCUAGGCGCAGUCCGUUAAGUUACCCAGCUGUAAACAGAUAUUCAUCCUCAUCAUUGUCAUCACAAGCCUCUGCUGAAGUCAGCAAUAUCACUGGGCAAUCAGAAAGCUCCGACGAAGUUUUCAACAUGCAGCCAAGUCCAUCUACCUCAAGCUUGAGUUCUACUCAUUCCGCUUCACCGAAUGUGACCAGCUCUGCCCCAUCCAGUGCCAGAGCUUCUCCUUUGUUGUCUGACAAACAUAAACAUUCCAGAGAAAAUUCUUGCCUGUCCCCAAGAGAGAGACCAUGCAGUGCCAUCUACCCAAUUCCUGCAGAACCUUCACAGCCUGUACACUUUUGCUUUGCCAAGUGGAAUGUGGCCUCCGUUCCCCGCUGUACCAGAGAUUCACCAAGAGAGCAUGAGGAGCCGCUAGGCCCAAUCUCCACUCUCCCAGAGGCUCACCUGACAGGAAAAUCUCCCAAUCUAUCUCUACCCUCAGUGUCCCCAGACCAGAGAAUGCUGUUUAAUCAUAUUGGAGAUGGUGCUUUGCCCCGAAGUGAUCCUAACCUGGCUGGCCCUGAGAAAGCUGUAAACACCACCCCCAGCAGCUGGAGUCUGGACAGUGGAAAAGAAGCCAGGAACAUGUCAGAAAGUGGAAAGCUUAUGUCUCCCCCUGUGCCACCAAGACCCACACAAACUGCUUCACCAGCAAGGCAUGUAGCUUCAGUUUCCCCUUCUCCUGCUGGCAGAUCGCCAAUGAAGGGAUCCAUGCAAUCAUUUACCCCAUCUCCAGUGGAAUGUCAUUCCUCGGGGCUCAUAUCCAACUCCCCAGUCUUGUCAGGAAGUUACAGCAGUGGAAUCUCUUCACUUAGCCGAUGUAGCACAUCAGAAACUUCUGGCUUUGAAAGUCAAGGGAGUGAACAAACUAUUCCAAACUACAGUGUUUCUGAGGAGCCGAUGAGAAAAGAAAGUAAAACUCCACCACCUUACAGCGUUUAUGAACGAACUUUGAGACGGCCUGUUCCGCUACCUCACAGCCUCUCCAUCCCUGUCACUUCAGAUCCACCAGCACUGCCACCCAAACCCCUGCUGGCGCGGCCAAACAAUCUGGAAAACAGCAGCCGGAGGACUGAACAGGUUCCUCGGCCCAGGCCUCUUCCUCGGAAAGUGUCUCAGUUAUAAGACGUCACUUUUAUAUUUACUUGCAAUGAAUUAUUUACCGUUUACGAAAUAAUAUUUAAAAAAAGUAAAAUACAUUUAGUGUGGGCACUUUAAUAUUUUACCCAAUUUUUCUUUUAAAUGAUUUUUAAAAUGCUUAUUAAUAUUAUGUUGCACAUUAUUAAAUAAAAUUAAUAAUUUUGAUUGCCAGAUAUUCAUGCAGGAAGCAUGAAUGAGAGAAUUUUGUUAAUUUCAAGGUGGUAAAUAUGGAUGCAUAGCUUUUUGGUAUCUUAUGUUCAUUUUCAUAAAAUAUAAUUUAAUUAAAUCUAAAACCCCACAAGCUCUCAUUUGCAUUAGUUGUGUGCUUCUUACAAAAUGUAGACUAUGCUAACUGAGCUAAUUACUAGAAAUAAAUGCACACUUUCUAACAACAUUGUUUGUAGGCUAGGACAUUUCUGCAAGUAGACUGAAGGUUGUUCCCAUUUCCCCAUGAGCAAGUUGGUCAAUUCAAGUAUCUGUGCG